CUCCAACAGGAAAUGACCGAGCUCUGUUGCGAUAAAUAUUCCCACCCAGCCUUGUCAGCCUGUCACCGUUUCACAUCACAAUCUCACCGCUAACAACAAUGAAGCCAACCAACGCGAUCCUCUCUGUGCUCGCCUCGCAGGCGACGGCGCAGCUCAUCGACAUUCGGAUAGGCGACACCGCCAGGCUCGACAUAAUGCGCCAAGCAGCUGAAGCCCAAGUCAACGGCAAUACGGCCAAAGCUCACGAAUUAAUGGAUCAAAUCCGCAUCGCAGAUGCUGCGCACGAAAAGUCUCUCUGGAAGACAGAUUGUCGCGUCAGCUCUCAGUUCGAAGCUGAGAUCUACACCGUUCAAGAUCCCUCGCGCGCACCUAAGGAAAUCGCAUGGGCGAUGAACUUCCUCGAUAAUCACUGGAAGACAGACGACGGUCGUGAUCUUCCGUACCCUGGGGAUUUUGAUCGCUUCAUGCAUCCCGAUGGAUUCAGGGUUAUGCGGACUGAUUAUAAGAAUCUUCCUUGGGCGGUACGCAAGUAUCAUGAGGAGCUUGUCAAGGAGGGUAAGCAGAUGGAGCGCAAGUUCAUCGCUGAGAUUGAUGGGAGUGCCUUCUUUGCGCCGGGUGUUGUUACGUGGUUGGCGCCUUUGUUUGCGGGGAGUAAGGUUGAGCCUGGCAAGGAUGCUUGUGAGGAUGAUCUUGUUGACUUUAGCAACUGGGAUAAGAAGAAGCAGGCGGGUGAUGGUGUCAGGUAUACCUUUGGGUAUGGUGGUAAGGUCCAGAUUGGAGAUCAUAUCACGGUUGAGUUGCACGCUCAGAGGUCUUCUAAAGAAGGUGCUAAGAAGGAAGCCGAGGAGACUCGAGGAGAUGAGGAGACUGAGGGAACCGAGGAGCUGUAGAUUGAGAGCGCGCUGUAAUUGCAUGUGGCUUCUUGUGACUGGGAUGGACUGUUCUCAUUUUAUGUAUUUGUCUUGAUGUUUUAACGAUAUGAAGUAACGAAUUUCUGUUUGUCAAUGAUCAGAAGUAAGAAUCGUCUAUCCAUGCCUGAAAGUUCCCUCAGAGCAUGCCAGCGAACUCACAACUUUGCUCCUCUCGAUUUUCUAGCCUCCCUCUCCCUAUCCCUCAGCUUGCGUCUCAAGAUCUUCCCAGUCGGACUUUUCGGUAUCGCAUCGAUGAACUCGACUCCGCCCUUCAGCCACUUAUACCUAGCUUUAUGCUCCUCAACAUAGCGCUGGAUAUCCCGCGCCAGCUCCUCAUCAGACUGAUAUGCAUGGUUUGCUUUGACUACGAAUGCUUUUGGAACCUCUCCAGCUCUUGCAUCGGGAAUCUGAAUGACUGCGCAGUCGCUCACGGCGGAAUGGGUGAGAAGGUGUGACUCGAGCUCUGCAGGCGCGACUUGAUGGCCCUAUUCAUAUGGUCAUCAGUGAGGCGAGAAAGGUUGGAGAUGAUACUUGUUGCUAACCUUGACUUUGAUGAGCUCCUUGACUCGAUCAACAACGACAAAAUGUUCGUUCCCACUCUCAGACAUGCGAACCAGCACCUCAUCACCCGUUCGAAUCCAGCGGCCGUUACCAUCUUCGAAGAAGGUCUCAGCAGUAGCCUUUGGGUUGUUGAAAUAACCAAGAGAAACAGUUGGGCUUUGGAUAAGCAGUUCACCUGGCUUUUCGUAUUCAGUGAUCUCUUGUCCAUCAGGGUCAACGAUCCUGGCCUUGGCUGCAGGAAGCAAUGAUCCCGUUGUGCCGACUUGUGUA